CAGACAUACACAUACAGACACUCAACUUCUUCCGCUCUAUCAGCAUACAACUCCCUUAUACUCGAGCGAUGUCAUUGGCACGUUAAACGAUGCUCGCUACUGCUUAACGCAACAAGAUCAUUUUGUAUGCCUCCUUCCAUGCAAAAAAGCGACAGCACAUCUGUUCGCGAACGUGUUUUGGCCAUCGAACGAGGCCAACAGAGUGAGAAUUCGAUCAUUCGUGCCAGAUAUGUGCCGGAUGUGCGUGGAGUGAAUCGUUACAAGCACUUUCAUGUCGUUAAUUCGCCGCCGGUGAAACAGAAUGGGCACGAGAAGCCGACCAACCCGAAAGGGUCGUCUGACCUGCCACAGCUUCGAUCUACAAGAACGCGUGGAGUCCGAAACAUCGUCGCCGACUUGGACAAUGGAGUUGAAAAAGCAAGACGAAGCAAGAAAACCACCCUUCCUCAACUUGGCCCAUCAACCACACUGAACACGCUGACGAAGACGCAGAAAGAAAAGGACAUCUGUGACUACAUAGAGCAACAGGCCAAAUCGGCUAUGGCUUCAUCGGACUCACUGUCAUCGUCGACCACGACAAGAUCGACCCUUUCGGGUAGGAAACUGCAAGAUCACCUCACGAGUGCUCAUCACCAACAAAGCACACCACGGACAUUCGCAUCAUUGGGAACUGCGAAAAUUGAGAUCGACAAGAGUAUCUUUGGUGAAGAGGUCACCCUUAGAAAGAGUCCGACUAUAUCAGAAGCAGCUUCUUCUUCACGAGUUGAUGCGGAGUCGAAGACGGAAGCAACACCUCCUCAGCCUUCAACGGCAAAUCUGAUAGAGUCGGCCACUCAAACC